CGGAGGGGACAGUGGCACUGGGUAAUUCUCUGCGGCUGUGGGGAUUUUCCGUUCCGGGGGGCCUGACAUGGCUACGGCGGAGAAGACAAAAGGUUUGGGGUUGAAGGAGAGCAUGCGCACGAGGGAAGGGAGGUGCGUACUGCGUGACUGGUCUCCGCUACCGUCUUCCUCUUUCAUUUAUCGUGUUAGGGUUUUCAGAUAUCAGGAUUGUUCUCCUUCCCUCAAAUUCAGCGAAUUAGCUUUUUCAGAGUUCAGAAUUGUUAUCGUCCUUCAUAUAACUGCGUUUUCAAACCGACAUUUGUCCGUACCCAAGAUUCUUACGAAGAUCGAAAUUCUUCCGCGUUUUCGCUUUGGCUAAGGUUCAACGCGGACAACUACGUAUGGCUUCUUCCUCAAUAAUCACUCCUGAAGAUGUGUUGGAGUCGCUGAUGAACGACGGCUCAAUUGAUGCCCUCAGAUUGAAGAUCAUCAACCAGCUCAAAGCCAAUGAGGAAUUGAAGAGUACCACUAUAAAGAUGGCUGAGCAGAGUAAGGUUCUUAACACCCCCGGUGCUGAAAAACAGACUAAAAGAGAGCUCUUUGAUGCUCUUCGGCAAGAACUUGAAGCUUCUGUACUCGAAAAAGCCUCAAAAUCAGUUUGGGAUUUAAUUGUAGACAAUAAUGGCCUGGGAAAGGAGAUAAGUGAAACUGUUGAGCGAGUGUUUUGUCGACUGAGUGGCCAGGAGCCUCCAUUGUUUCCACUUCCUAAUAGUGAGCCGCAAUCUGAAAAGGAGGCUGGCAACAGAAAAGAAAAAGGCAAGGGAAAGCAGAAGGAAACUGAAAGCAUAAAUACAAAUACUCCAUCAAAGAAAAGGAGCUUCAGUGAAAUAAAUUUGGAAGGACCGGAUGAAACUUCAACCAGGUUCUCUGAUCCCGCGGCAGUAUUGGAAGGUUCUGGCAAAUCACCUGUAUCAAUUUCGAAGACUUGAGUUGCAAAUUCGACAAUCCUUUUGUAACUGCAUUGAUCAAAUCUGGUAAAUAUAUUAUAUUGACACUUUGUAGAACUUCACUGCAGUUUGAAUGAAUCUUGGCACUGAAAGUUGUGUACUAUGCAACAAUCAUUAUGUAUGCUAUACCUACAAUUGAUGAAAUUGAUUAAUGAAACUUAAAAAGUCUGUUGUUGAUUGACUAA